AUGUCCAGUUUCCGUACCCGCCAUCCUGACUAUGGGUCGAUUUCCGACAUAAAGACAGAUACGCGCCCUGCUAAGCUCAACACGCUCAACGGGGUCACGCUGCCAACCAUCUUGAACGUGCUGUCAAUCUUGAUGUUCCUGCGGUUUGGCUUUGUCCUGGGCCAGAUGGGGAUCUUGGGCACGCUGUUGCUGCUGGUGAUGAGCUACGGAAUCGACCUGCUCACCACGCUGUCUGUCAGCGCUAUCGCAACGAACGGAACCGUCAAGGGAGGAGGUGCCUACUUCAUGAUAAGCAGAAGCCUGGGAGUUGAGUUUGGAGGCGCCAUCGGUAUCAUUUUCUACAUCGGCCAGGCGCUGAACGCAGCGUUGAACGUGGCCGGUCUGAUAGAACCGCUUCUGUACAAUUUCAACUCCGAAUCGGGUGUCGUCUGGAAACUGCUGCCUAUCGGCUACUGGUACCAGUUUCUGUACUCCACCUGUUUCCUGGCUGUUUGCACGGUGAUCUCGCUAAUUGGGUCGCAGACGGUCUCCAAAGCUGGAUCGCUGCUGUGUUUCCUGCUCAUAAUCUCCACAUUGUCCGUUCCGCUUUCGUCUUUGGUGGUUGCUCCGUUUUACUCUGACGAAAACGACGCAUAUUAUUCGGGAAUUUCCUGGUCCACUUUUCACGAGAAUCUGCUCCCCAACUUCACCAAGGGCGCGGCAGGGUCCCAGCUGGACUCUGUCGAGAACUUUAGAAACAUAUUUGGCAUCUUCUUCCCUGCAACUGCCGGGAUUUUUGCCGGAGCGUCCAUGAGCGGAGACCUGCAGAACCCGUCCAAGUCCAUUCCUUUGGGAACGCUCAGCGGUUUGCUAAUCACCUUCGUUUGUUAUCUCAUGGUGAUCCUGUCCAUGGGGUUCUCCAUCACCAGAGAUCUGCUUUAUAAAGACGUCCAGGUUUUGCAGACAGUUAACCUUUCACCUGUACUGAUUAUUGUCGGAGAAGUGUCCACGUCUGUGUUUUCCGUGAUUGUGGGUAUAGUGGGGGCCGCGAAACUGCUCCAGGCCAUUGCAAUCGACGAGAUCCUGCCCGGUCUCGGAAUAUUUGGCCGUGGAGGAGACGACCCCGUCUACGGUAUCCUGUUCACAUGGUUUCUGUGCCAAUUGUUCCUGUUUGCAGACAUCAACCAGAUCGCCACGCUGAUCACCAUGGCAUUCCUCAUGACAUUCAUCGUCACCAACGUUGCGUGUUUCCUGCUGAAACUCGGGUCGGCGCCCAAUUUCCGUCCCAGCUUCAAGUAUUUUGGCACCAGCACCGCGCUGAUGGGCACCAUCGCGUCUGGAGCAGCCAUGUUCAUAGUGGACGGAAUUUCGGCCACCUUCAUCAUCGUGAUGCUCAUGUCGCUGGUCCUGUUCAUCCACUACAUUUCCCCACCAAAACAGUGGGGGGACGUGUCGCAGUCGCUGAUCUACCACCAGGUGCGCAAGUACCUCUUGAAACUGCGCCAGGACAACGUCAAGUAUUGGCGGCCGCAGAUCCUAUUGCUGGUGGACAAUCCGCGCACCAGCUGGAAACUGAUCAACUUCUGCAACCAUCUCAAGAAAGGCGGUCUUUACGUUCUCGGGCACGUGAUUGUGGCCGAGAGCUUCCAGGACAGACUGGCAGAUCUGCGAAGACACCGGGCCGCGUGGGUCAAGUUGCGCGACAUGUCCAAGAUCAAGGCGUUUGUGCAGAUCGCAAUCGCGCCAACGUUCGCGUGGGGGGUUAGCAACGUGUUUCUCGGGUCUGGGCUCGGUGGAAUGAAGCCCAAUAUCACGAUUCUUGGCUUCUACGACCUGUCCAAUUAUAAAAAGCUGUCCAGAAACAUGAAAUUCGAGUCCAAGACGCCCGAAUUCAGCAAACAGGUCAACAUUAAUAUCAACGGGCUGCCAACGGACGCGUGCAACCAGGAGUCGCACGUCGACCUGUGCAGCUGGGUGCGGGCACUGGAAGAUCUGUCUCUGCUGGACAGCAACCUGGCCGUGGCCAAGGGGUUCCCCCGGUUGCACAUUCCAAGCGAGAACGAGAGCAGGCUUGACGAGUCGGAACAGCGGUGCAUCGACCUUUACCCGAUCCAGAUGUCCACACAGGUGACCAACAAGUCGGGCAAGAGCAUUCUCACCAACAACUUUGACACCUACACGCUGAUUUUGCAACUGGGAGCAAUUCUGCAUACUGUUCCAUGUUGGAAGCACACGCACAAGCUGCGGGUUGUGGUUUUCGUGGAGCACGAAAGAGACGUUUCUGAAGAGCGCCAUCGACUGUCGUCGCUGCUGGAGAUCCUCAGAAUCAACGCCCAGCCCGUGGUGUUGUGCCUAGGUUCGGGCAAGUACAAAACUUACAACUACAUCGCCAAGGGAGAAAAAACAGGCCUCCAAACAGACCGGAUUCAUACGAUACUCGAAAAGGACGAGUGGUGGCAGUCGGUGCUGGAAAUGCGCACCUCUGACGGGGUUACCAGCAAAUUGACCCCCACCAUACAGGUGAAUUCCAAAAUAGUUCGCAAAUUUCAUACCAGCGCACAACGUCGGUAUUCCGGCAGCUACAUGCGCAAGAAUGGAAUUGCGUUUUCGAUGGUUUCGAACCGAAUCUCCAACACGGACCCCAAGAAGACGCUGACAGACCCCUCCUCGGACGAGGAGGAGUACUCUGUGUCGGACACGGAGUCGAUCGGCUCGUCCACGUCGUCUGUCUCGCGCCAAGACAGCUACCACAGCCACAAGCCAGUACACAAUGUGUACCAGUCUUCGGCACACCACCUGCGCCGACCAUUGUUGAAAAACAUCCACUCUACCUCGUCCAUCUUGCGGCAAAAGACACCGGCGUUCUCAGCAGAUACAAUGCCGAACUCCCAGGUGCUGGACAACGCGCAGGGUAACGAGCCGUCUAUUAUGUUUGUGCAAAACGAAACAGACGACAACACCACCGUCGAGUCGGCAGAAAGCGUCUCCCCCACGCUGCCCGCCACGUCCUACGAUAACCCCACGUUUUCGUUUAACGAAUUGAGCAACACCGCACAGUACUUGAUCCUGAACGAGCUCAUGGCCGCAACGUCGGGCAACACGGAACUCCUUUUUUCCACGCUCCCAACGCCCGAAAUCGGCCUCCACAAAAACGAGGCAGGGUGUCUCGAAUACAUCACGAACCUGGACACAUGGUGCGACGGGUUGCCGCCCGUGUUGCUGGUGAACGCAAAGACCGUCACGGUGACCACAAAUCUGUGA